AUGGACACAAUCAUUUCAAACAUGAAAUGUAGAUUUUCUACAGAAAGUCUACAAAUUCCUACAUCAGCUGAUUGUUUGAUGCAAUUUGAUUUUAAUGGUAGUUUGCAUCUGAUUGAUCAUUAUAAAGAUUUAUUUGAAAUUAAUAAAUGUGAUCUUAAAAAUGAAAUGGCUGUCUUUAAAAAUUCAUACUGCAAUAAUGAAAAAACAGAUAGUUUUAGUGUCAUUCAAGAAAAUUUAUCUAAAAAAGUAUUCCCAAAUUUAUAUGGGAUGGUUCAAGUUGCCAAUAUAUUGCCAAUUUCUUGA